GCUGCCAUAUCCAGAAAGUGGAAAGUGAAUAAAAGAAAAACGACCAUAUAUCGACAAAAGACGAUUUAAAUGAUGCUUGUAACAGCUACCUUGAUCUUGCUUUUGCUUGAUAUUGGAAACGUUCUUGCAAACCAAUGUUUUCCAAGAAGUUACAUAAUCAUAAAAGGAGGUCCAUCAUUGCCCGCUGAUGAGAUAAUAUCAAAACACAAUAUUACAUCUUUACAUGUCAUGUUAGGAUGUCACAAUCUAUGCAAAGACGAAGAAAAAUGUGUUGGAUUCAACUACAGAACAACAAAAAAUGUUGAAAAUUGCCAACUGACAAACGUUACUAAAGAGAGAGAAAAAGCAAAAACAGGAGAUUGGGUAUUGAUGCUUGAUAUUGAAGCGACAAAGAACGAGAAACGAAAAAGAGAAAAUGUCAACGAAAGUGCAGACACUUGUCUCCCUGGUUAUGCAAAAGUUGGAAAGAAUUGUACAGACAUUGACGAAUGUUUUAAUGUAUCUGCCAAAGUAUGUCACACAAAUGCAUAUUGUAUUUAUACGAAUGGUUCAUACAACUGCACGUGUCUCUCUGGAUAUUCAGGAAAUGGAAAGAACUGCACAGACAUUGACGAAUGUUCGAAUUUAUCCGCCAAAACGUUGACGAAUGCUCAAAUGUAUCUGCCAAAAAAUUGA